GCGACUGUGAAGCUAUGGACGAACGAGAGGUGCCAGGAGGCUCGGGGGAUUCCGACCCGGGCCUACAGCAAGCCAACGCCUUGUUACCCGUGCAACUCGUGCCCUCGCGGCGCGGAGGGUUCAAGGCGAAGCACGGCGGCUUUACGUUUAACAUGGUAAUGAGCAAAGGCAGUCGACGCCACUGGCACUGCGACGUGCGAGGCUGCAAGUCUCGGCUCACGACGGACGAGUAUGGCAGCGAUCACGUAGUGUUCAAGCUUACGGCGCACAACGAAGACGUUCAUCAGUGGGCGGCCAAGGAGAAGAAGCGAAGACGUAGCGAAGCCACCUACAGGCAACAGCCCACCACGAAGAUCGGUGACUUCACCUACAUUUUGGAAGACCACAUCGGCGACCAGUACUGCUGGCGCUGCAAGUACGUACAGUGCAAAGGAAAAUGCCGCACCAAUCGCGAUGGCCGCCUGGUACUCGGACCGUCGCAGCACACAUGCUUGCAGCUGGCUGACAGUGUCAAAGUCUCCGGUGGUUUGCAAGGCGGCCAGAUCGACAAUGAAGCAACGACACAAUCGAUACCGGAAAGUUUCAUGCGUCAGCAACACGAGGAGGAGCGGGACGAGCCAGAAGAGAAGAAGCCGAACCUUCUUCAACUGGCUGAACAGAAAAAGCUUGAAGGUAACAAAAUCAUCGUCUCUACGAUUGUCAAGUCAGAGCCGAGAAGCCCGCCCGAGGUAUUCGUCAAACGUGAACGCUCGCUGAACUCAUCUCCGGAGCGCGCAGCGUCGGAUGCAAUGGCGUCUACCUAUGACUGGGACCGCGACCACAAGAGACGCGGGCCACUGCAGCCGCUGAAGACUGCCCGUGAGGAAUACCUGCACAUGGUGUCCGAGUCGGAAGACGAAGACGCGACCGAGGACGAGCGCUCCGGCGCAAACGCCAGUGGCCGAGAAGUCCAAGUCGACGCCGAACAGACGUUCCCGAACGCGAGCGCCGACGCGAAGGACAAAGCAACUCGGAGUCACCGACCGGAAACCACGGACUGCGAAGGCAGUAGCGAUGAUUACGACGAGGAAGAUGACGAGGAGCACAGGAUUACCAACCGCUCGGUCUGCGAGGAGACAAACAUGAGCCAGAGUCCGCACGCACGUUGCGCGCAGGUGCUGCAGAUGACGGACGAAAGUUGCGAACGAGAGAUGCGGAUAUCGUUGUUUCGACAGAUGUGUGAACUGCUGAAUGCCGAGACGGAACUGGCGAAACAGAGGCGCCGAAACGCGGUCAUUCGCGGGCGACUGCUCGCGCGCCGGCUCGCGGACCUUUAGCCCGAGUUGAAGCCCACGUGAACUGAUACUUAAAGGGAUUGUCUACCGUCCCUCGUCGCUUUUCUGUUUUGUACCGCAAUAGAAAGCGUACCGUCUGAUGUGUCCAACCUCGCAGCGGUUUAUCUGGAAAGUGAGUAGAAAUUUUUAAAACGGAAUUUUAUUUCUAUCUGCGUUCGGUCUUCUUAUAUUGGCGUGAAACAUGCCCACAACACUGGUUGGUGGACGCGAUGAUGAUUGUAGUGCCGGUAAAAAUUAAAACCGAAAGCACAUGUGAUUUUUGUAGGAUUACUUUAUUUUCGCUGAACACGAAUGUAACGAAUGUAACAGACUUUUUCAGCGC